AUGGUGAAGGUUCCAACACCCAUAGUGAAGACUACCAACGGAUUAGUGAGGGGCCGGAUAAGUGAUAACGGGCAGUUCUACCAAUACUUCGGAAUACCUUACGGAUUUGUUGGUGAAGAAAAUAGAUUCAAGGCACCAUUACCACCCCUGAAAUGGAAAGGAAUCUUCGAAGCCAUCGAUGAGAAUAUCCGAUGCCCACAGAAGAUGGUCGGUUCUGUCGUUGUUGGCGAUGAGGACUGCUUGAAGCUCAACGUUUACACUCCAAUAUCGAGACAGUCUAACAAAUUGCUCCCGGUCAUGGUCUAUAUACACGGCGGGUGCUUCUUUGAAGGAACUGGCACUGCUUUCCUAUACGGCGCUGAUUAUUUUGUAGAACAUGAUGUUGUAUUUGUCGGCAUCAGCUAUAGGCUUAAUGUUGAAGGAUUCCUUUGUCUCGGUAUUGAAGAAGCACCAGGUAACGCUGGAUUGAAAGAUCAAAUAGCCGCAUUGAAAUGGAUCAAAGAAAAUAUCAAAGCUUUUGGUGGCGAUCCCGAUAGUGUAACUGUAUUCGGAGAAAGUGCUGGUGCUGUGUCUACUUCCUAUUUAAUUUUAUCUCCAGCUGCGAGAGGCCUUUUCCACCGAGUUAUUCUACAAAGCGGUUCAUCAUUAGCACCAUGGGGAAUGCAGCACGACCCGAUAAAAACUGCCAGUAGUUUGGCUAAAGAAUUCGGACACACAACCAUUGACCCUCAAGAGCUAUACGACAUCCUAUCUAAGAAAACUACUGAAGAAUUGAUAUUGGCAAUCAGAAAUCCGGAACAUAAAAAUUACGUAACAGCCGAAACACUUUUCGCUCCCUGCAUUGAAAAACAUGUGCCUGGUGUUGAGCCUGUAAUUACAGAACAUCCGGUUGAUGUUAUAAGCUCCGGCAACUACACUAAAGUGCCCAUGAUAAUUGGGUUCAAUGACAAUGAAGGCAUCUACUUCGUAGCUAAAGAUUACGGCAAUAAAUUAAAGGAAAUAAACCCUUACGAACUCUUAUCACCCGACUUAGAGUUCCCCGGCGAUGAGAACCGAAACUCGACCGUGGAAAUAUUAAAUAACUAUUACUUCUCUUCUAAAAAGGAAGACAUGAUAAUGGAUGUCGUAGAAUUGUAUUCGGAUCUGCACUUCAAAUUUCCUUCUGUCAUAGAAUCUGAAUUAUAUAUCAGAACUUCGUACCAGCCGAUUUAUUUUUACCUCUUCAAAUACAGCGGGUAUAUAAACAUGCCAAAAAUGAUAUCAUUUUUUGGAAGCAAGCAGGGAGCGUCUCAUGCGGAUGAGUUGUUUUAUAUGUUCAAACCACUAUCGAUUCCUCUACCCCAGAGAUAUUUAGAGAGGAAAAUGAUAAAGCGAAUGGUGACACUAUGGACCAACUUCGCGAAAUACAGUGAUCCAACACCAAAAACAUCGAGUCUUCUCCCCGUGCGAUGGAGACCGAGCCGAGAAUGGAACCCGACAGCCCUUAUCAUAGAUAACUCCAUAACCACUGCUCCUAUGUGGAACGAAGCAUCCGUUCGCCUGUGGAAUGACACGUACAGUAAAUACAGAAGAAAAUCAUACGGUUACUACGGACUCGUUCACGGCAUAGAUGGUAUAAGUUACCGAUAG